UCAUUUUAACCCAAACCCCAAUCUUGGAACCCGCUAAACCCUCCUAGUUGAGUUCAUCAAUACGCAAAGACUAUUCUCUUUUGGAAGAUGACCGUUAUCAGUACCUCUCACAAUCCCCUUCACAAUCUUCACCCGCCGCCGGCGCCGCUCUCUUCUUCCUUUUCCCGGCAAACAUACUUUCCCUGCCGCCGGCGCCGCCUCCGGCUCAAAAUCUCCACAGGUUCUCACCGCUUUAUUGGAGUAAAAUCACAACUGUCUGCUUGGGAUGAGAAACCAUAUGAGAUUCUCCCAGGUGGGAAAAUAAAUUACUUGGAUGAAGAAGAUGUAGUUUCAUUUCUUGAUCCUCCAAAGGAGUUGAUUCCUCUCGACCCGGCUUCGUAUAAUCCAGCUGCUUAUCUUUGGAAAAAAAUUGAAGACAUACCAGAAGAAAGGCGUCAGCGAUUGCUGCAGUUGCUAAAACCAAGGCUUAUUUCAAGAGCUUGGGAGAUAUCUGGCACAAGAUAUGAUGAUCCUAAGUUAGCAAAGAAAAGUGCUUCAAACUUGCUAUCUAAUGAUGAUAGUGAAAUGCCACUUGAGUUUUACAACUGCCGAAGUAGUGGAGGUCCAUGGCCUAUUGCUUGGCUCAAUUUCUUUAAGAAGGCUAUAUUCUACUGCAAUGAUGGGAACACAUAUGGGCGAUUUAUCGGUGAAUCUGUUGUGGCUCAAUUGGCAAAUUCGUUUAGUCCACUGUACUUCGUAGUCCGACAACUCAGGGAAGUAAUGUCAACAGAACAGCCCUGUGAUUUGGCAUAUGAAUUUGGAGAUGGACUCUUCGGUCUCCAACACUUCCCACAAGGCUUCCCGAAACCGGCGAAACAUCCGUAUCCUUUCGACGAUCAGGUUGUCGUAUAUAUCCGUCAUGUUGGUCCGGGAGUCUUAGUAGGUCAAGCAUGGCAAGAAGGGAUAGAACUACAACAAGUACCUCAAAAGUUAUGCGGUGAAAUAUUAAUGGUGAAAGAUUAUUCUGCAAAUGGAGAAAUUAACUGAACAAAUGUUGUAAUCUAUUGUAAUUUUUAUUUAUUUAACUUUUUACAAUUUGCUAAGUUGUUCUUCAGGUAUUUGUACAAUCUGGCCUAAGUUGAGUAUUGAUAAUUAUUUUAUGGAACUGCAAAACAAAGAAAUAACGGAGUAUAAAGA